UUCGUCAUUUUCCUGCUCCUGCUCACAGUGAUAGCUCAUGGAGUGAAUAGAGCAAAGUGAUUACAUUCAAUGAACUUGCUAGGGUUUCGUCCUCCUCAAUUUUCUGAGGAGGCUGCUUGGCUUCCCGGUUGGCUUCAGCAACAUGAUGUGGAAAUUAAAUUAUCUGACCAUCAUGUGGAGGAAUUGAUCCAGCAGCAUAAUGCAGUAGCGUCCCAUCCACACACAACACAAGAAGGUGGAUAUAAGAGUUGCCAUUUAUUCUUAUCCGGAGAUGAUAGUUCACCACUCAGUUUGGUUCAAUCAAUUGAUAAUGUGGUUCAAUUUCAUCUUCAUCUAUCAUUGGAUUGUAGCUCAAAGAACCUGUCAAGUACACUUGAACUUGAAGAUAUAUCUGAAGCAGAAGCAGAAAGGACUCAGUCCAAUCAUGCUCUGUCAGUUCAGUGUGUUCAAAUCCCGAUUAUUCCUGAAGGGAAGGCUAAGGAAUUGAAAGUGGACAACUUUGCUGCAUUAGGCAAAGGAUCUAAUGAUACGAACAAAGGGGAUGGGCAAGAGGGAAAUGUCAGCCUAUGCGAAGUCAAUCACACGGACGAUGCAGUUGAAUUGUCGAUUGCUGCAUCUGAAGCACUGGUUAUUCAUGAGAUGUUCAAAACUGAAUCAUUUUCAAAAAGAAUUCCGACUUCAACCGUGUUGGAAGCUGCACUCCAGGUGAAACAAGCACGGCUGGAAGCUUGGAAAGAGAGUCAUGAAAGCUGUCAUUGUGAUACUGAGGAGACAUCUGAAAUUGAUUUUCUUUCAGACUCAGAAGAUUUGAGAAUGGAAGCUGCAUUUGAAGAUGUGGGACUAUCUGCUAGUGAUUCUGCUGAUAUGCAUUUCCACGACUUAAAUGUGUCUCACGUUAAAGAUACUCUUGCCUCACAAAAUCAAAGACUUAAUGGAGAAUUGGAAGAUGAAGGAGCAGUUUUUCAUGGAAUAGACAUUCUUCAGCCAGGAGAUGGUUUUAUUAAGCCAUACUUAAAAGAUAUUGAGAGUGAUUUCCAGUUGAAAGUGGAUGAAAGAUUUGGAUCUUUUAGCAAUGACGGGCAGAAAAAGCUAACAAGGGAUCAGCAUUUGGGUUUAGAUAUCACCCCUAUGGCACGUGGGAAUGAUCACUUGUCAGAUUGUUUGAACCAGAUUGUCAAUUUUCCUGUCUUGGAAAGACAUGCAUUUAAAGCAUCUAUGGAUUCACCCUCUGUUAAGAACUAUAAUGUUGCAGGAGAAGGUGAUGAAUUACUUAAAGUAGUUCCCAAAAGAUUCGAAAGUCGUUGGUUUGGUGGUUGGACUUGUUUGAAGAAGGAAGUAAACUCCUCUGAUCAAGCCAAAUGCAAAGCUAUCAAAAGUAUUCCUAAACCUUUUGUUGGCGAGACAAGUUAUUUCUCAGAAUCAGCUGACAUAGCUCCAGAUCAAAGCUCCUUCGUCGCACAAAAACAGGAUGAAAGGGUCAUCGUUGCUUCUCAAUUGAGUAUACCUUUUGAAGGUUUACGUAACAGAGGAAAGGAGAUGAUACUGCUCUCUCAGGAUAUUGCAAGAUCCUCAAAUCUAUCCUUAGAUGAUACUCUAUGUUCUGUUGUUCCGUGCAGUAUAUCGUCUGACCAUCUGUCUUCUCCUUCAGCUAUAUACAAUCAUGUAAAGGAUGAAAAACAACAGCGCUUUGGUUCCACAACUGAAUGCGCUACAAAAUUGCAGAAAAACUCGGUUCUUGAUAAUCAGGUGGUUCAUGGGAAACAGCUUACCACUCCGAAGAUUAAUAGAGAAGGGAUGGAUCACCCAGUUCGCCGAGAAGUAACCUCUCUAAGAACUUAUAGCGUACUCCCUGACAAUAUGACAUCUUCAGAGAAAGGGUAUUGUUUUGAUACAUCAUUUUCAUUUGAAAGAACUGAUGUACCGAUGCUAAAGCCAGUAGCUCAAAUGACAAACAAAAAGGGAAAUUGUGAUGAUACUCCAAGAGAGGGGAAUGAAUUUACAGUGGCUAUGCCCACGAAUACAAGCUCACCCCUUAUAUUGAACCCUGGGUCACAAUGUCGUUUCCAAGUUUCAAAAGCAUUUCAAUAUGAUUUUGGGAUGGGAAAGGAUAGAAAGCAAACAAGAGAAGAUCAAGCUAGUAUAGAGUGUCCAAAAAGAAAGCGUGUUCGCUUUUCAGAAACUGAAACUGAGAUUCAACGGAGGAAGGAGCCUAAAAAGUCACACGUUGCACUAAAAUCUCGUCAUGCGCCCAAAGCUACUAGAAAUUUGGGACUUCCAACUUCACAUUUGGAGUCAAGAACUCAGGAACUCAAGAAGCGUCUAACAAAUUCUUGUGCUAGAGUUGGAAGAAGAUCGAUGUUCAAAAAUAUGGAAUUCUUAGUCACAGGAUUUUCUAGGCAGCGAGAGAAGAAACUUGAAGACCUAAUCAAGAAUUAUGGUGGCAUAGUUCUCUCUGAUAUCCCCCCUCCUUCAGUUUAUAGGGGUCAGAGACUUAAAUCUCAGGCGGUUCCUGUUGUUCUUUGUUCAAAGAAGCUGCAAACAAUCAAGUUCUUGUAUGGAUGUGCAGUAAAUGCCUUUAUGCUUAAAGCUAAAUGGCUUACUGAUUCAAUUAGUGAAGGUCGCAUUUUACCAACAGAAAAGUACAUGGCUGUUAAAAAAUGUGUUGGCAAACUGUGUGUUGCUGUCGAAAGUUUAGUCAAAAACAAUAGUCACAGCCCUAUUUUUGACAAUCUAGGCAUCAUGCUUCACGGUGAAAAGAAUUUCUGCACCGACAUGGCCAAAAUUAUCAAGCAUGGUGGUGGACAAGUUUUCAAAACGCUUCUGGAGUUGGUUCAAAAUCGUGACGAUGAGAAGAUUGUAACGGGAGUCAUUGUUACUGAAAAUGAGCGUAGCGCAUCACGUCACCUGAAGCACUGCGCCUCGGAGAGGACAAUACCAAUUAUGUCAGCUUACUGGAUCAUAAGGAGUUUACAUCUCGGAAAGCUCCUUCCUUUGAAAGAGAAGGCGAAAUCCUGCAAGUUACCAACUCUCAAGCUUCCAAAUUUCCCUGAUACUCUAGGUCUAAGUCAAGAAAUAUAAAUGCUCUUCCUUGUGGGCACGUAUUAGUCUUGUGCCAGAAGUUACUUAGUACAACCCCUAUGAAGAGAAACUUCACGUUAUCACCUUGCAUGGGUUACCUCAUUUCUUGACAUAUGAAACCCCGGUUCACUCGGCUGCUAAGUAGUUGCUGAUGGUGUAGCAGCAUAAUGUCUGCUCCUCCUUGAGGUGUACAUAAUUUAUCAGGAGUAUGUGUUGAUAUUUGCUUAUAGGCGCAAGAUUGGUUCAAAAACAUUCAUUUAGGCAGAUGGGCAGAGGCACAAGACAAGAACAGGGAUCGGUGCUCAAGACAGAUAUUCAUCCUAGCUUCUUUGAAGGGAUAUGCUGUAUCUUGUAUGCUGAAGACCAAUCAAAUAUGUUAAGUUAUAUGUUGUUGUAAGUCAUCCUCCUGGAUUACGCUGUUUCUGCUGUAAGAAGCCUAUAUUACUACAUGUACAUGUUCUGUUUGAAAAAUAUACUAUUCCUGAAGAUAAAUAAAAAGUUCUUUUAAGUC